GCGUGCGCACUGCGCGUCAGCGGGGCCGGGGUAGGUGGCCCGGAGCGCAGACGCCGGCAGCUGGGUGUGUGUGGACAGCGUCUGGGCAUCCCCGCGGGGAGAGAGGGGCCGGGAGUCCUCCCGGCGACGGCGAUCGAGCCAAGUUCAGCAGCGGCGCGGGGAGAGUGGAAGGCCGGGCGCGGCAUGUCGCGGAGGCCGCGGUGCGGACGGUGAAGCGCGCGGCGAGCGGCGAGCGGGAUGGGUCGGCGCCGGGCGCCCGAGCUCUACCGGGCCCCGUUCCCGCUGUACGCGCUGCAGGUGGACCCCAGCACCGGGCUGCUCAUCGCCGCGGGCGGAGGCGGCGCCGCCAAGACGGGCAUAAAGAAUGGAGUGCAUUUUCUGCAGCUCGAGCAGAUUAACGGGCGCCUGAGCGCCUCCUUGCUACACUCCCAUGACACGGAGACGCGGGCUACGAUGAACUUGGCGCUGGCUGGCAACAUCCUUGCUGCGGGUCAGGAUGCCCACUGUCAGCUCCUGCGCUUCCAGACCCACCAGCAGAAGGGCAAAAGCAAGCCUGAGAAGGCAGGCACCAAGGAGCAGGGGCCUCGGCAGAGGAAAGGGGCGGCCCCACCAGAGAAGAAAUCUGGAACUGAAACCCACCAGGAGGGGGUAGAACUGAGAGUAGAGAAUCUGCAGGCGGUGCAGACAGACUUCAGCGCCGACCCGCUGCAGAAAGUUGUGUGCUACAACCACGACAGCACCCUGCUGGCCACCGGAGGCACCGACGGCUACGUUCGCGUCUGGAAGGUACCCAGCCUGGAGAAAGUGCUGGAGUUCAAAGCCCAUGAAGGGGAGAUUGAGGACCUGGCUUUGGGGCCUGACGGCAAGUUGGUGACUGUGGGCUGGGACCUUAAGGCCUUCGUGUGGCAGAAGGAUCAGCUGGUGACACAGCUGCACUGGCAAGAGAACGGACCCACUUUUUCUAGCACACCUUACCGCUACCAGGCCUGCAGGUUUGGGCAGGUUCCAGACCAGCCUAAGGGGCGACGACUCUUCACAGUGCAGAUCCCCCACAAGCGGCUGCGCCAGCCCCCACCCUGCUACCUCACAGCCUGGGAUGGCUCUACCUUCUUGCCUCUUCGGACCAGACCCUGUGGCCAUGAAGUCGUUUCCUGCCUUACUGUGAGUGACUCGGGCACCUUCCUAGGCCUGGGCACAGUCACCGGAUCUGUUGCCAUCUACAUUGCUUUUUCUCUCCAGCGCCUGUACUAUGUGAGGGAGGCCCAUGGCAUUGUAGUGACGGAUGUGGCCUUUCUACCCGAGAAGGGGCGUGGUCCAGAGCUCCUUGGGUCCCACGAAACUGCCCUCUUCUCUGUGGCUGUGGAUAGUCGUUGCCAGAUGCACCUGCUGCCCUCACGGCGGAGUGUUCCUGUGUGGCUCCUGCUGCUGAUCUGUGUUGGGCUUAUUGUCAUGACCAUCCUGCUGCUCCAGAGUGCCUUCCCAGGUUUUCUUUAGUCUCCUGCUCCCAGGGAAUCAGGGGUCUGGGACUCCGCCACCUUCGGGACCAGAGUGGAGGCCCCGAUACCACUGUUCUCCACCGCUACCUGGGUCCGCAGCAGAAGUGGCCUCUGAGGAGACUUGACAGGAACUGCCUGCCCUUCCCAGUUAAAGCUUGACUGUGA